UUUUCACUGGAGCUCAUUAGGUACUCUGGAACUGUGACACUAUUUGAAAAGGAUAAAAUUAAUCUAUAAAAUGAAAAGAACUUCAGAAGUGAUGCAGCAUGAGAACGGAAUUCCAAGCCCUGCAUACAAAGAGAUGCGUGAAAUCAGUGUAGCUGUUGACGAAAGAGUUCAUAACAAGAAUGACAGAAUUCGUGACAAAAGUGACAUGGACUCUGCAAUUAAACUGGAUGAUCCAGUCCAACCCGUUCCUAAAAGUAAUAGUUUUGAUAUGAUCUACAAAAUAGAGGACGUUCCUCCCUGGUACCUUUGCAUUUUGCUUGGAUUUCAGCACUAUUUGACUUGCUUUAGUGGGACCAUAGCUGUACCUUUCCUUCUGGCUGAAGCACUCUGUGUUGCAAAAGAUCAGCACACUGUUAGUCAACUGAUUGGUACUAUCUUCACAUGUGUAGGAAUUACAACUCUUAUUCAGACAACAUUUGGAUGCAGGCUUCCCCUAUUUCAAGCAAGUGCAUUUGCCUUUCUUGUUCCUGCCAGAGCGAUACUUGCCCUGGACAAAUGGAAGUGUCCUACUGAAGAGGAGAUUUAUGGAAACUGGACCUUGCCUUUCAACACUACUCAUAUAUGGUAUCCACGGAUCAGAGAAAUACAAGGUGCAAUUAUAGUAUCCAGUUUGGUUGAAGUGGUGAUUGGCUUUGUGGGCCUUCCAGGAGCUCUCCUUAGUUACAUUGGACCACUUACUGUCACCCCUACAGUCUCCCUGAUUGGAUUGUCUGUAUUUCAAGCAGCUGGGGAAAGAGCUGGGUCACACUGGGGUAUUUCCAUGUUAACUAUAGUUUUGAUUGUACUGUUUGCUCAGUACCUGCGCAAUGUGAAUUUUAUACUGCCUGGCUUUAAACAUGGACGUGGAUGUACAGCAGUGAAGAUACAAAUAUUCAAAAUGUUCCCGAUUAUAAUGGCUAUUAUGGUUGUCUGGCUCAUUUGCUAUCUUUUAACGCUCACUGAUGUAUUUCCAAAAAAUCCUGAGCUGUAUGGAUUCAAAGCCCGAACAGAUGCCAGAGGUGAAAUAAUGUCAACAGCACCCUGGUUUCGCAUGCCAUAUCCAUGUCAGUGGGGUUUACCAACAAUCACAGCAGCUGGAGUCCUGGGAAUGUUUAGUGCAACACUCGCUGGUAUCAUUGAAUCUAUUGGUGAUUAUUAUGCCUGCGCAAGGUUGGCUGGGGCUCCACCUCCACCAAUCCAUGCUUUAAACAGAGGGAUCUUCACUGAAGGAAUAUCUUGUAUCAUUGCAGGAUUACUUGGAACAGGAAAUGGCUCUACAUCCUCCAGCCCAAAUAUUGGGGUCCUUGGGAUAACAAAAGUUGGUAGCAGGCGAGUGGUCCAGUAUGGAGCAGUUAUUAUGUUGGUCUUGGGAACAGUAGGAAAGUUUACAGCGCUGUUUGCUUCGCUCCCAGAUCCUAUUCUCGGAGGCAUGUUUUGCACUUUGUUUGGAAUGAUCACUGCAGUUGGACUUUCCAACCUUCAGUUUGUAGAAAUGAAUUCAGCACGCAAUCUCUUUGUCUUGGGAUUCUCCAUGUUUUUUGGUUUAACAUUACCGAAUUACUUGGAUGAAAACCCUACUAUUAUUAACACUGGCAGCCCAGAAAUUAAUCAAAUUUUAACUGUGUUACUGACAACAGAAAUGUUUGUGGGAGGUUGCCUUGCUUUCUUCUUGGAUAAUACCAUCCCAGGUACAAAACAGGAACGUGGACUUGUACAGUGGAAAGAAGGCGCACUUGCAAACAGUGACACAACUGUAGAUAUGAAAACAUAUGACUUUCCAAUAGGAAUGAGUCUACUGAGGAAAGUGCAGUGUUUACGACACAUACCUGUUUGUCCAGUUUUUAAGGGGUUUUAUGGGAGGAAGAAGAAAAGCGACUUGACUGCACGUGUGAACGAAAAUGGUGAUCACGUUGUAUGCACUAAAGUGUAAUGAAUAUAUCAAAAUGCCAUACAAAACACAUUUUAAUGUGGUGUUCUAGUAGUGUAUUAUCUCUGAGCUUUACAGAAGGCUUAUUAGCAAGAUGUUUUUAGCAGUUGCAUCUUGGUUUUUCAGAGAGUAAGUUGAGCAAAUAGAUACUUUGCUAACAUGGUAAAAGAAAACAAUCUAAUUCUAAUGGUGUUAAAUGUUUCUUUUCUUAAAAAAAACAACAAUUGAUAAUUUUGUGAUUGUGCCAAUGAUGAAAAUAGUAAUUGGUUCAAAUAUCUUUUCUUUGAAGAGCCAUUUUUCUCAAAUGCUGUUUUGAAGAGAAUUGCAGAUCUAUGAAGGCAGAUGGGGUUGGCAGGAAGUAAACACUAUACACUCUUUGCGAGUAUAUUAUUUUUCUGUUUAGCAACAUAUGUUUUUAAACGUUAGUUGGUUUCAACUCUGGGAUAAUAAUGAUUUAGAAAGUCAAAACACUGAAGGAUUGAAAAGGGUACAAUUCAGUUAACAAAGCAUGAAUAUCUCUCUCUCACCUGUUUGAAUGAAUUAUCUUACAUGGAAACCAUUCUUUAAAAAUAUGUUGUGAUAAAGAAGUGUAUGAAUUUCUAAACAAAAAAAAAUGCAUAAUUUUAAUGGCCAACUCUGGAUUUAACAGAUCCCUAAUUCUGUGUUCAAUUAUUUACUCUGAUCAUUUUUAAUGAAUUAAUCAUAGCUACAUGUAUGGAGGCUAUUUAAAAUAAACUGAAUGCAGGACAUUUCAUAUAUUUGGUUCUCAAGUUGUAUAAAUUUCACAUGUUUAGCCCAUAGAUUUAAACCCCUGCCCCCCCUUAAAAAAAUGUAAUCUGUAGAAUUUGUCACCAUGGCAAUCUGUCUAACAACAAAGGACUGGCAAUGCUUUUCUUUUUAACCUUUUUUAAAACCUUUUUCUACACACAAAGAGAACAAAGUGGCUUUGCACUUCAGUUAAUAAAUAACAUUUUAUCACUUGCACAAAUGCAUAAUGGAUUUGAUAUGUCCACCUGGUAGGUUUGGGAACAUUGCCUCUAUUAUUUGGCUGCUGAUCACUUUCCUCUGGACAGCUGUUUUGACAUCAUUUCUCAUUUUUGUUACUAUGUCCUGGGGUCUUUGCUGAAUUGGGAUGACUGGGGAAUCCCUAUAAACAUGGUCAACAGAUCAGGAUGCUGGGAUUCCCAACACACAAAAUCAGAAGUAUUAUUUUGUAGAAGGAGGCCAUUUGACUGAUUUAAUGUUUGAUUCAACUCUCCAAAUGAGCGUUAUGAUUUAAUGCAUUUCUCUGGCCUUUUCCCCAUUCUCUUGCACUUCGUUUCUAUUUAGAUCAUUUCAUACCCUCUUCAACACAACUUUACUUGAAAUUUGGUGAUUAUGUGUAUUGGAUUUGGGUGAAAUCUACUGGAGGGAAAUUAAAGACUACCUGAGGGAAACUGCAAGACUUUCUACACUGCCUAGCUCGAGACUGUCUCUCUUGUGACUCAAAUUUCACAAGAACUGCAAGAGUUUUGUUCACUGUGCAGAACACCGUACAAUUUGAUUGAACUCUCUGACUUGUAUUAAACAGUUUUAGUUGUGUUGUUUGAUAUUC